AUGAAGCAUCAAGGUGCCAAGUCUGCGGCGGCGAAGACUGAAGAAGUGACCAAGGCCUUCAGUACCGAGCGCGAGGUUCGUCGAUGCUCGUUCUGCGGAAAUUGGAGAAAAGUGGAACGUUGCUGGACCAAGCAGAAGGAAGAGAAUCGGGGAGCUCGACGCGGUAGAAAUGCUCCUGGACGCGGAGUGAAUCAAGUCCAGUGGCUAAAAUACCACAGCAACAACAACUGCGACUACGAUCGAGUAGUGUUUGCUGUUUCACUGGAAUGCGUAAUUUCAGCGAUCAAGAAUACGUCUGGGAUACGGGCGAAUAGCAGCGGUGCGACGCAACACAUCUGCCAUGACAAGAACAAGUUCAAAUUUCCGGACGAGCGCAAUGAAGGCGAAGCGUUGGUCGUAGAUGGGAACAAGGCAAGGUCCCGCAAAACGGUGAAGAGCGCAAGAUCAAGAACGCGCUUUACGUCCCAAGAAUGA